AUCUCAAAAGUGUCUAAGAUAAGUACAAGAAAAUGUCUGCACUUGUGGAUAUUUGGACUAGCGAGCAGGCCAAGCUACGCAACAAGGGUCAAGCCACUGUCUCAAGUGGGUCAGCCCCGACCAGCCCUGGGGCUAGCCAGGUGAACCAUGAAGAAGAAGAAAGGAACUCCCUGGGGUUAUUAUCACCCAUCUUUGCUAAACUCGUGCGAUUCAAGUUGCCGCCGACGAUGUACUCUGAGGCCUCUGUCUCCUUGCUUGUGGAAUGGUUUAGUGCUUGAUACACAAAAAUAAUUUGUAUUUUAAUGCAAAUUUCAUCUACUUUUUACUUUUGUUUUUGAGGGGCUUAAACCUAGUUGUUGUAUAGGCUAACUAAGAGGCUGGGCUACAAGACUUCAGUUGUAUCCAAUAAUAAAUUGUGCAAAUUACGUCUAUGCUACUUGUUUU